CAUGCCUCGUCGGUAGCUUUUAUGAUUACUCGUAAAUAAGCAAUUUUUUUUCCAAAAAAAUUCGCCGAAACUUGAUGAGUUAAGUAAGGUGCUGGGGCUGGUCGCAACUUGCGUAUCGUGCUGCCAUCUACAGGCACUAAAGGUCAAGGACAGCAAGGACGAGCCACUGAAGAUGAGACGAGUCAGGUCUGGAAGCUUUGCCCGGUCGUUGCGAAGUGUUGAGCCAGAAUUUGAUGACUAUGUGCUAGAUAGGGGUGACCGUGCAGAAUCUCAAAACAAGUUCGUUUUCGAGUGUGCAUGGGAAGUUGCAAACAAAGUUGGUGGUAUCUACACAGUAAUUAAGACCAAAGCAGGGAUCAGUGUGGAUGAACUAGGAGAGCAGUACUGUUUACUUGGACCAUACAAUGAAUCCUGUGUCAGGACAGAAGUUGAAAUCAUUGAGCCGUCAUUUGCUCCUCUCAAGGAUACCAUUUACCAAAUGCGCGAUAAGGGAAUCAAGGUAAUAUUUGGCCGCUGGUUGAUUGAAGGUUACCCAAAGGUUGUACUCUUUGACAUUGGAUCAGCAGCAUGGAAAUUAGAUGAAUGGAAACGUGAAAUCUGGGAAUCCUGCCACAUAGGUAUUCCUUGGCAUGACCGGGAAGCAAAUGAUGCUGUCAUCUUAGGGGCACUGGUGGCUUGGUUUCUUGGAGAGUUUCGCAAGAACAUAGAAGGUGUUGACCCACCUCCUCUUAUCAUUGCUCACUUUCACGAGUGGCUAGCAGGAAUGGGUCUGGUGAUGACCAGGACACGACACUUAGAUGUGGCCACUGUGUUCACCACACAUGCAACUCUGCUGGGAAGAUACUUGUGUGCAGGAUCCACUGAUUUUUAUAACUCUUUGGACAAGUUUGAUUUGGAUAAAGAAGCAGGUGAUCGUGGCAUAUAUCAUCGAUACUGCAUGGAAAGGUCUGCAGUUCACUGUGCUCAUGUGUUUACUACAGUAUCACAGGUGACAGGACUUGAAGCCAACUACCUACUCAAGAGAGAACCAGAUGUAAUCACCCCAAAUGGACUCAAUGUAUACAAGUUCAGUGCCUUGCAUGAGUUUCAAAACCUACAUGCUAAAGCCAAGGAAAAGAUCCAUGAUUUUGUAAGAGGACAUUUUCAUGGCCACUAUGACUUUCAAUUAGAUAAGACACUUUACUUCUUCAUUGCUGGCCGCUAUGAGUUUUCAAACAAGGGUGCUGAUAUGUUUAUUGAGUCAAUGGCAAGGUUAAAUUAUUACUUACAGCAAGCUGGAAGUGAUGUGACAGUGAUAGCCUUCCUGAUCUUCCCUACCAGGACCAACAACUUCAAUGUGGAAUCCCUGCGAGGCCAGGCCAUUGCCAAACAACUCAGAGACACUGUGCAUAAUGUACAAGCCAAUAUAGGAAAGAGGAUAUUUGAAACUUGUUUACAAGGUAAGAUUCCCUCAGGGGAGGAUGUGUUACAGCAAGAAGACAUUGUGCAGUUGAAGAGAUGUAUAUUUGCUUCUCAGAGACACAGUCUUCCCCCAGUGAGCACUCACAAUGUAGUGGAUGAUGGGAUUGAUCCUGUACUUUGUGCAAUAAGGAGGUGCCAACUCUUUAACAGGGGUCAAGACAGAGUUAAGGUUAUAUUUCAUCCAGAGUUUCUUAGCUCUACUAGCCCUUUAUUGGGAAUGGACUAUGAAGAAUUUGUGCGUGGCUGUCAUCUAGGAGUUUUCCCCUCUUAUUAUGAGCCCUGGGGGUACACACCAGCUGAAUGUACCGUGAUGGGAAUCCCAAGUGUUACCACCAACCUGUCCGGGUUUGGUUGCUUUAUGGCAGAACACAUUGCUGAUCCAAUGUCCUAUGGAGUCUAUAUUAUAGACAGGAGAAUGAAAACUGCAGAGGAAUCCAUCCAACAACUAGCUCAAUACAUGUUUGACUUUUGUCGUCUGUCACGAAGGCAGCGUAUCAUCCAGAGAAACAGAACUGAGAGACUGAGUGAUCUUCUGGAUUGGAAGAAUCUAGGAAUUUAUUAUAGAAAAGCAAGAAAUAUGGCUUUGCAAAAACUUCAUCCUGAAUUGUUCCAAGAAGAUCCAAAUACUGGUCGUAUCUUCAUGCCCAGACCUGCCUCAGAACCCCCCUCUCCGUCUCACUCCCGCUCUUCCACUCCAAUACCCUCAGACACAGACGAGAAAGACGAUGAAGAUGAUGAUGAUGAAGAUGAUCAUGAUGAUGAAGAGGAAAAAGAAAUCUUGAGUAGAAAAGAUGACGAAGAAGACCAUUAUUAACGUGAUGUGUGGCUUAAAAAUUUGAUAUAACUUAUAAUAUAGCACUCCCAUAUUUUGUUUGUGCGUUUUGUUUAAGACAUAGUUAUAUCUCUAUAUGAUAUAAUUUGAGUUCUUUGUAUUAACUGUCAAAAGAUGUCACAUAUAUACAUGAAUUUUAUAAUAAGUAGCCCAGGGAAAAACACAGUAUGCUCAGUUGAUAUCUGUGUGCAUGAGGUAAUGGUGUAUUAAUCAUUUGAGAUAAAGACACUUUUGUUUAUACGCUCAAACUUGUUAAUUUUAGUGGUCCAUCCCCAAACCUUUAUUACUUUUUUCAAAUAUGAGGCCAUAAUGUAUACUUAAGUUCUAUAGUGGAAUAUAUUAUGUAGGUGUGUGAUAAAAUGUCUAUUAUUGCUUUCCACAGCUUACUGUGUGCUAUUCUCUUCAUGAAAUUUCUGGUGUAAGAAGUGGGAGAUUUUACAGAAUGUUAAAAGGUUAGGAUGGUUGUUGAUGCUUUAAUAGCAAUGUUUCCUGUAUGAUCAUCUUUAUUUGAAAUCUUAAAUUUUUACAUAUGAUGUACAAUCAGUUUAAAUGCUGCGGUGAACUCUUUGUACUAAAACAUGAUUUACUAAGUAGUGUAGUAAUAAUAAUGUAGGGUAGAAAUGGUGUGUACCUUUUUGUUUUUUUUUCUCUUACUGAGUAAGAUUUGUGUUUAACAUGUGAUGUUGAAAAAUGCCAUAGUUACUACUUCUUAGAAGUUCUUUUAAGCAGCAUAACUGGGGUCAAAAUGGGCAGCCUAGACUAAUUUUAGCACUUAAAAUAUUCUAGCAGCAUUGGGUCUUUUAUCAGCCAUUAAAGAAAUGAAAAUGAGAUUUCCAUUAUUUGAUUUAUCAAAGUCCAGAGUGGUCUCUUCAUAGUAAGAUUAAAAUUUAUCUUUGUACUUGAAGUGUCUUCACUGCAAUACCUGGUGCAUUUUUUUAAGUAUGAUCAAAAAUUGUUCAAUUUCCUAGCUGAAUUUCCUAGGAUGAAUAAGUUUUGAUGUGUGAAAAAACGAGGAACAAUAGCUUUUGCUUAAUUUGCUUGUUACUAACUUGCAAUUGUUGUGUGCAUAGGAUUGUUUCUUUUUUUUCUGUAAUAAUGUGUUCACAUAUAUAAUUUUCUUAUAUUAUUUUUGGAUUAAGUAAUGAAAACUUAUAAUGGUCUUUAUUAUUUAGGAUAGAACAAAUUGCACAUUGUCCAGAGUUCCAAUUUUCCUUUUAAGUUUAAAAGGUAGAUAUAUUAAUAUUAAGGCCUGACAAGAUUUUGGAGUAUUAGUUGAUACUAGACUAGCCAAGGUAGAACACUAAACCUUAAUAUCAUGUUUACUUAUACUUCACUUAAAAUCACAGAACUGUAUCAUGAAAAUAUAUUUUACAGAGUAUACCAACCAUAUAAAUGUUCCUGUGUUAGAGAAUUUUGAGAUGAAAGUCUUUUUUCAUUGUAAUUUUCUCAUAAUAUUCAGGAAUAUAAUGAUAUCAGGUGCAGCAGUUUCUUAUAUUAACAUUCUGAAUUAUGUACUCCAUUUUGAUUAGUUCAGUGAAGUGAGGCAAGAGGUGAGAUAGACAUUUAUGUAACAAUUGUCAAAGUUGUGUUGUAGUUUGAUACACAUACUCUGGGUGUAAAAAGAAAGUUUAUCAAAAAUUAGUUUCUUCAGAAAAAUAAAACUCAUAAGAUGCCAGGUAAUCUCUGAUAUCUAAGAUACCAGAUAAUUUCUGAUAUUAGAACUAUAGAUUUUCUUACUCCUUACCUGUUAUGUAGUGCCAGAUAUAUACACCUUAAAAUAAGUCUGAAAAGAUGCACAACUCAAUAAAUGUGGCAUAUGCACUAUAUAUAACGUGCCAAAUGUGUUCAAAGAAAAAUGCAAGAAAGUUAUUUAGAUUGUUUCAUUUUUAUUUGCUUAAACCAGUUUGGUUAAAAAGUACUAGGUAAGUAUUAUAACCAUAAGUUUCAACUUCCAACUCCUGAACAGAGUGCCGCAAACCACUCAAGACUUGUUGGGACUUCUGAGACGGGUUAAUGUACACACUGGGACUAGACAUAAUAUAGUGGUAGUGUAGCUGAUAAUGCUUAAGUCAUCCUGUUAACAUGGUAGUUGUAUUUAAAAAGAUAAAUCUCCACAGUUGACAUUCUUGUCCAGGCUGUAAUGCUGACUAUUUACCAUUAUUAGACAUAUCUAGCUUCAAUUAAAAAAAAUGGACUGGAGUCCUGAAUAAUACAUACUAUCAGGAUGUUUGAUAAGUGUGGAAAAUAUUUUUUAUUUCUGAAGGAUGAAACUUGGCUGCGUAUUGUUUUCAAUGCUGAUUUUUCAAAUACAUUUAUAGACUUUAGCAAGCUCACUUCCCAUGUUUAAUAGGUCAAUUGUUAUUCUUAAAAGAAACAGGUUUGUGUUAUCAAGUAUGAAGGAUUUUUGCCAAAUAGUUAUGUAUACAUAUAUAUAAAUCUAUAGAUCUAUGCUUAAGCAAGGGAUGUUUUUUAUAUUUAAAAUGGAAAAACUACUUGAUAUUUGUUGAAUUAGCAAUUUCUACUAGGUACAUUAUAUGCCAGUUGCUACCAAAACAUUUUAGUUCUGUACAGUACUCUGGUUCAGAUGCACCACAAAUGCAAAUCACUCCUUAUAUACACGAGGCCUGUUUUAACUGGCAUUUGCUCGCAUAUGCACAUGAAAAUUUAGCAUAGGACACAGCAAUGACAAUUGCUAGCAAACAAUAGCCUCCUGAAACUGGUCCUUAUUUUAUAUUAUGCAUGGUUUUAAAUAUGUAUCACUAAUAGAUAAGAAAUAGAAUUGCAAUGCCCUGUAAGAGUUAUACGCAGUAUUCCCAUGUAUGAUUAUUAAAGGUUGGUCGUAAAUAUGCCAAAUGCCUUUGCCAUUUGUGUACGAAGUCUUAUGGAUUUUACAUAACAGCAGUUUUAUUACAAACAAAAUUGUAAUAAAAGAUUCUAAUGCAAAGUGCAAAAAUAUUUAUACUUUGAUUUUUAUUAUAUUUUAUGCAGAAUGCUGUAUACUUUGAGCAU